UCAGAGAAGGGAUGGAACGAAGCUGAAGAGGAAGGAACAGGAGGAGAACAAACACUGGAGAAAAAAAAGAAAAAAAGAAGAAGAAACAAGAAAGUUUGUUUCCAACAUUAACUGUCUGUCGUUCAGCUGAUGUGGAAGGAUACAAAGAUGGUGGAGGCCAGCAAGAGCCGUGCCAGCCUCGGCCGGCGUGCACUGAAUGCUCUCUUGUCGUGUACUGGGGACAUGGAGCACUUUGUUGUGUUUAUGCAAGACACGUUUGUUGGGCUGCAGCUGGUGGUGUGGUGUCUAAGAGGGGUGUCCAGGGUGACCCUAGCCAACAACCCGCUGAGUGGUGCUCUCAUCUUGGCUGCACUGUUCUUGGCCUCCCCCUGGCAGGGCCUGCUGGGAACACUGGGUGUACUGGCCUCUACCCUAACAGCUGUCAUCAUAGGCCAGGACAGUGCUGAGAUAUCCGGAGGCCUCCAUGGAUUUAACGGCAUGUUGGUAUCUCUGCUGAUGGGAGUGUUUAGCUCAGCUGGAGACUGGUACUGUUGGCUGCUGCUGCCUGUCUGCUUGGGGUCAGCUACAUGUGUCUUUUUGUACAGUGGUUUCUCCUCAGUGUUGGACCGCUGGGACUUGCCUGUGUCUGUGUUUCCCUUCAACACCGUCAUUGUCCUCUACCUCCUUUGCACUGGCCCAAAUAACCCCUACUUCCCGCACCACCCAGCUGCAGCUCCAGGAGUGCUGGAUCCCAAUGGCACCGAGCUUGUUGCUGUAGAGGUAAUGCGUGGCAUCCCUCUUGGCGUGGGUCAGAUCUACACCUGUGCAGAUGUUGGGCCCUCUCUGCUCAUCCUCGUGGCCGUUCUCCUCUACUCCCCCCUGCUGGCCUUCCACGCUCUGCUAGGAUCCGCAGUGGGAACGCUGGCUGGUUUAUCAAUGGCAGUGUGUCCUGAUUCGCUGUACUCUGGUCUGUCAGGGUUUAAUGGUGCUCUGGGCUGCAUGUCUGUUGGAGGACUCUUCUUCACCUUCAGCUGGAGGACUCACCUGUUUGCCAUCGCCAGCGCUUUUCUCUCUGCGUAUGCUGACAUCGCUCUGGGUAAUCUGCUGGGAUCUGUUGGUCUUCCGGCGUGCAGCUGGGCAGCGACUCUGACAGCCACACUGAUGAUGCUGCUGACCGGCACUUUAGCGGCCUACCGCAUCCCUAUUGGUCAAGUCGUGGCGCCCGAGCACAACCUGCUCUCCAAAAGUCACUGGGAGGCUGGGAACACUGCUGAAAGAGAGAGCACUGAUGUGUAACUCCAGGAAACACACACACACACAGAGACUACUGUAUCACAACUUCCUGAGUUGGAUUGUGUGGACUAGAAAUACAGUUUGUGUGUUUGAAAUGUACCAAAUUAAAGAAAAGAUUCUUGGGUACACAGUUUCAGCUUAAGGCUAACAAGUAAAAAAAUAGAAGAGAUUAGACACUUUUGAAGGAGCCCUUGUGUACAAAGUAGAACAUGAUAUUUUGAAAAGUGGUCAUGAGGCUUUGUUUUCAACCUCAACCAUUUCUAUUUAAGGAAGCGUGUCUAUUUGAUCCAGUAGAUGUCGCCCUGGAGCACCAGCAUGAAACCGAGACAAACUGCUGUUUGGCGCCAUACUGAAGCCUCCGCUCCCAACCCCCCUCCCCUUGCAGUCAAACGAAGGAGAUUUCAAAUGGAACGCAGCAUAAUCAAGCACCAUUAAGCACAAGAGGGUGGGCAAAAUUGUCCUUGGCUCAUGCUGCAAUUGCUCGUGGCCUUGCGUUGUUGUGUUAGUGCUCUUUAGUUAGCUCGUAGCUUCACGGAAUGACCGUGAUCUAAAAAUGCUUUUGUGAUAUUCAAAUAAGCAGUAAGUAGGCUACAGUAUUUUUAUUCUUCUUCUCUCUAGUCCUUGACUUAAACAGCUUUAUACACAAGGGGAGGAGUCGGUCGUCCCGUCCAUAUGUGUAAAACUGAUGUCAACACGGCUCCGACUACAACACAGCCUGCGGGCCUCACGCUUCUCACAUUCUUCCUUUAAAACUUGUUUUUAACUGUGCACUCUUUUGUAACCGUGUUCCUGAAGGAGACACAAAGAAGACAAAGGAGCAGCUAGAUUAAAAGGAAAGAAACAUUUUUUUAAUAGGGAUGAAAUCAACAUGUCCAUAUAAUUGAAUCAUUUUUUUUGUGUGUAAAAACAACAGUAAAAACAGGAAACAAAUUUCAAUAAUACUUCGCUUGUCACUCCCUUCAGUACUCCUCCUACUACAUACAAUGCAAACAACUGGAACUCAGUGUCAAAAACAAAGCGUACAAACUGUCAACGCAGGCAUCCAUGAGACAUCAUGAACACACAGGACGAGUCAUGUGGUCAGCUGCUUCGGUCAGGAAGGACAAAGGCAACUGUUUUACCUUUGACUGUCAUAAA